AAGAUACCCAGCGAAGCGCGCAACACAAUAAUAAUAAAUAAAAGGUGUUUUGAUAUAGCGCAGUUUGGUAAAGUAGAAGCUGAAUCACGCAGGAACCAACCCCAAACCCUCCUUCCAGAACUUUCAUGUCCAUCUUGCCCUCACAAACCCAAGCACCAUCUUCCUCCUCUUCGUCUGCGCCAUCUCCUAACCCUAAUCCCCAACAUGGAAUCCCUAACCCUAUUCCUCAACCCUUCCCUUCUCUCUCCCCUCCGCUCCACGUCGCUUUCGGAUCUUUCCAGAUCUCCGAUAACCCAGGUUCAUCGGCUCCAGCUGCUCAGGAUUCUGGUGGAUCUUCCGAAAAGGUGAUGGAAUUAGGGUCUCCAAGUGAAGUGAUGGUUUCACCUCAGCAAAACUCUAGAACACGUUCUAGGAGUCAUGGAGGAAGGCGGGCAGGAACGGGAAUGGUUUCUUCUAAUCAUAGAAAUCAACAAACUCAUGGGUCUGUCAAUCCUAAUGGAAGUGCCCCUUCGGCUGGGAGAAAAGCUCAGACAAUGAAUGGGAAUUACUUGCUGAAUUUUCACUAUGACCCGAUAUCCCGUUCUCAACCAAGGGGUCCUCCUCCUCCCCCUACAACAAGAAGGCAUCGGAAGAGGAAACCGUACAACAAGGAUUUGUUUUUGCAGGCGAAUUUCAAGUUCAUGGUGCUAGAUUCCGGAAAUUAUUCACCUGAGUCGAUGGAUCCAGAUAAAAUGUUGCAGUGGGAAGAUAUUAUAUGUAUGACAUAUUUGACCCCCUUUUCGGUUCAGUGUCCAAUUUGUUUGGAGUAUCCCCUGUGUCCGCAGAUAACCUCAUGUGGACAUAUUUUCUGUUUCCCAUGUAUUCUACAGUACUUAUUGAUGGGUGAGGAGGAUCACAAAGGUGAUAUCUGGAAAAGGUGUCCUUUGUGCUUUGUGAUGAUAUCUGCCAAAGAUUUAUAUACGGUUCACAUCACAAAUGUCAAACAGUAUCAAGUAGGAGAUAAUGUUGAGUUCACCUUUUUAACCCGGAAAAAAGAUUCAUUUACUCUUUCGCAUAAAAAUAAAUCAGGGACAAAUAUCCCAUCACAGGGCAGUGGAGAUAUCUGUGAUCCCUUUUCUAAGUUCACUCUUACAUCAGAUGUGGAUCUUUCAGUGAGGCAUGCAAUAUCUGAUCUAGAUGGUUGGUUGGCCAGAGCUGAUUCAGGUCUUGUUGAUGACCUGGAGAAGCUUCCUUAUGUUUGUGCUGCAAUGCAACAGUUAGAACAGAGGAAGAGGUAUUGGAAUGAGCAGACGUCUCGUGACUGUGAAAAAUCUUCUAAGCUUAUUGAUUAUGGACAGCAGAUACCAUCAGCAGGUGCAAAUUCUAUGGAUACUGAUGAUGAAAACGUUUCCAAUGGAUCAAAAACUUCCUCUACUGAUUUCCAUGACCAAAAUAAGGUUACGAUGUUGGAUAAAUCAACUACUGGAGCCUGUUCAGAUCAAAACUUAGAUGUUGAGAAAGAGUUAAUAGAGCAGGAAAUGAAUUUAUCUUCUUCGUAUGAGGAGAAAAAUAGUAUUCAAAGGCAUUCAGAUGUUGUUGGAGAUGUGAAGGAAAAUGAUUCAUACAGUUUCUACCAGGCUGCUGAUGGUCAGCAUCUAAUUCUUCAUCCUCUGAACAUGAAGUGUUUGCUUCAUCAUUAUGGGAGCUAUGAUAUGCUUCCUCACAGAAUAAGUGGAAGGAUUCUGCAAUUGGAGACAGUUACUCAGUCUGAGGCCAUGAGGAGGCGGUACCGAUUCCUUAGUCAUUUUCCAUUAACCACAACAUUUCAGCUUUGUGAAGUUGAUUUAAGUGAUAUGUUGCCUCCAGAAGCACUGGCCCCAUUUAUGGAUGAAAUCAAGAAGCGUGCAACUCAGAGGAAGCAGCUUGCAAAAAAGGAACAGAAGGAUAAGAUAAAAGCUGAAGCUACUGCUGCUUAUUCUCUUCCCAUAUCAUUAAGUUCUCAGUUUACUUCUCGCGAUGAUCCUCCAACAUUCUCCAUGGCUGACUUUGAAGCUCUAGGAAACUCAACUAUAUCCUCAAGUCCUCCCUUAUCUGGGGAGAGAAAUUCGUUCUCAAAUGUUACCAGGCUCGGGUUUGCUGCUGGUCAUGAUUCUCCAUCCUUACAAAUUCCAGAAACUAGUGGUCUACAUAAUAACAAUACGACCACCGAUUCUUCUGUCAUAACAGGUUUGAGAAGCGGGGAGACACAAUCAUACUCGAAUGUUAUAUCAAGAGCAGAAUCAAAUGCUUCAGCAAAGACAAAUGAGUUGGGGAAGAAAGGAAGGAAAUCAAAUCGAGUUCUUCUAUCAACAGCUGGUGGUAGGCGAUAUUGAUUUCAGUGUAGACUGUAGAGUUAUUAACUUUCUAUGGAUUUCAUGUACUUUAUUUAUGCGCCUCUAAUUACUUGUAGAUAGGUAACAUGUAUGGAAAGAAUAAACAAAUGUUUUUACCUGCAACAAGCCAUUACAGAAGUUUAGUUUAUUGUUUGUGGCUC